AGGAGAGGAUGGAGGACUUGGUGAACGACCUGCUGGUCGGCAUCGAGCAGGCCCAGGCGAUAUGCACGAACAGCAUAUCGGGCACACUCCUGGGCAUGGUGAAGCCGAGCUUGCAGCACAAGCUGGAGGCGGUGCUUGGGGACAGGCGCUGGCUGACAGAAGAGGCCGCGUGGUGGGACGCCGGGCUCAGGAUCGACGACUUUACCGAAGUCGGCCCAGAGCCAGAGGACGAGAAGUCGACCAAGAGCACCUUGCGACACUUCGGCGACGACGCCACCACGUACUCGGAGGGCUGCCGGCCGUUUCUGUUCCUUCACGACGGCGGUGAGCCCGUCAGCACGGUGAAGCCUCCCGCGGGGCACUGCGGCGACGACGCCACCACGUACUCGGAGGGCUGCCGGCCUUUGCCGUUCCUUCACGACGGCGGUGAGCCCGUCAGCACGGUGAAGCCUCCCGCGGGGCACUGCGGCGACGACGCCACCACGUACUCGGAGGGCUGCCGGCCUUUACCGUUCCUUCACGACGGCGGUGAGCCCGUCAGCAAGGUGAAGCCUCCCGCGCGGCACUGCGGCGACGACGCCACCACGUACUCGGAGGGCUGCCGGCCUUUGCCGUUCCUGCACGACGGCGGUGGGCCCGUCAGCACGGUGAAGCCUCCGGCGCGGCCUCGGAGGGCGGAGGCGCCCGCACAGCUGGAGUGUCUGAAAUUCCACAUCUGAGCGCCCGGUCCACGGGCGAGUACGUCUGCGACGCCUGCGGGCGAAGCACGGAGGCCGCCCCGGGCUGCCGGGCUGGCCACCGGGUCCUGCGCGGGCCGUGCCGGCACGGGGCGCGCUCGCCGCCGGCCCUGCGGGCUCGCUCCGACGGCGCCCCGGCUUCGGGGGCACCGUUAGGGGGGGGGUUCGGUGGAUGAGCCUGUCUUCCAGGAGGGGGUCCUCCUCCUCCUCCUCCACCUCCGCCACCUCCUCCUCCUGCUCCUCCUCCUCCUUCUUUUCGUUCUCCUCCUCGUCCUCCUCCUCCUCCUCCUCCUCCUCC